CCUUGUAGGAAGGUCCUGUUUCUUCCAUCGCAUCUCACCGCUUACCACUCUGCAUACCUUGGACCGAGACAUUAUAUCGAGCGCAGGACCACAGGUCCCUUGGAUACAGGAACGGCAUCGCGAAGAACAUCGCUAUCGUUGUACAGGUCUUAGCCGCCGGCGCGUGUAGCAAACCUCCAAACAGCCCCUCCGAGACAGGGCGCGCCAGUGAUGGCUGUGCUGCUGGAACAGAGCUGGGUCAAGGUGCAGGAGAAGACAUUUGGCAAAUGGCUCAACAGCAAGCUCCAGGUCCGCAAUGUGCAGAUCAAGGAUCUGGUCACUGACUUGUCCGAUGGUGUCAUGCUCAUCCACCUCCUCGAGAUCCUCUCCCAAGAAUCACUGGGCCGUUAUGCCUCCCGUCCGAAACUGCGAGUCCAGCGAUUCGAGAACGUCAACCGAGCUCUAGACUUUAUCAAAGGCCGGCGCAUCCAAUUAACAAACAUCGGUGCAGAAGACAUUGUCGACGGCAAUCGCAAAAUCAUCCUCGGUCUCAUCUGGACUCUGAUUCUCCGCUUCACCAUCAGCGACAUCAACGAGGAGGGCCUGAGCGCAAAAGAAGGUCUACUCUUGUGGUGCCAAAGGAAGACGGCAUGCUACGACGAGGUCGAGGUCCGAGACUUCUCGUCUAGCUGGAACAACGGUCUCGCUUUCUGUGCGCUACUCGAUAUCCACCGUCCCGACCUCAUCGACUAUGACAAGCUCGACAAAAGCGACCACCGCGGGAACAUGCAAUUGGCCUUCGACAUUGCUUCCAAGGAAAUCGGCAUCCCUGAUCUUCUUGACGUCGACGACGUAUGCGAUGUUGCGAAGCCCGACGAGCGCUCACUCAUGACAUAUAUCGCUUACUGGUUCCACGCCUUCUCUGCCAUGGAGCGUGUCGAGAAUGCAGGAAGACGUGUUGAGAAAUUCGUUUCCAACAUGCAAGGAGCCUGGGAGAUGCAGAACAGCUUUGAGCGCCGUAUGAGGGAGCUCCUUCGCCAGAUCGCCGACCAGCAGACACAAUGGCAAGAGGCUACAUUCGAAGGCUCUUACACCGAUGCCAAGAUGCAGAGCUCAGAGUUCAUGGGAUACAAACGCAACCAGAAAAGGAAGUGGGUGGCCGAGAAGAGUGACUUGGUUGGUCUGCUAGGGAACAUCAAGACAAAACUCAGCACGUACCGCUUGCGACCAUACGAGCCCCCACCGGAGCUCAGUCUGACUGCUCUCGAAGCAGCCUGGGCCAGACUGAUGCAAGCCGAGAAGGAAAGGAGUAGGGUCAUCAACGAGACUAUUCGCGACAUCAAAAACACCCUACGGAGGACUUUUGCCGACAAGGCAAAUGACUUUGCUCUUGCUCUGCACACCUUGAGCGUGAGCAUCUCUGGACUCGAGGGAGAGGUCGAAGAUCAGAGAGAACAUAUCACCAAAAUCUCUGAAUCAUUGCCGCCGCUUGACGAAUACCUUACCAUCAUCGGACGCCUGGAUGAGCAAUGCGAAGAAGCGAACAUUGAGGAAAACGACUUUACAACAUAUACAUACGACGAGCUCGUCUACGAAUUGGGCUUGGUCAAGUCGAGUGUGCAGAAGAAGCUGGCCUUUUUGGAGAAUCAAAUGGUGGCGCGCAGCAUGACCAAUCUCACGCCUAUCCAACUGGAAGAGUUUGAGUCCGUGUUCAGACAUUUCGAUCGUGGCGGUAGUAACUCGCUGCAAGAGCUCGAGUUCUCUGCAGCGCUCGCGAGUUUGGGACUUGUAUAUGACGAGGACGAGAUGCACGAACGAUUCUUGGAAGUCAGCAACGGUCCGGGAGGAACGGUCAGCUUCGAACAGUUUAUUCGCUUCAUGGUCGAAGUGACCGAGGAUCAAUAUACAGCGGAGCAAGUGUUUGAGAGUUUCCGCGAGGUUGCGGAUGGCAAGCCCUAUGUCACCGAACUCGACCUCAGACACUCGCUCAUCCCAGACGAACUCAUCGAAGACCUGGUCAAGACGAUGCCACAGCACAGCGGACCCGACUUACAGGAAGAUCGCGACCUGGAAAAGUACGACUACAUCACAUUCAUGCAAAAGUACAUGGGCGGAGCGAAAGCCGACUCCAAUGGAGAGUAGAAAGGCAUGCAGAAGCAGGAGAGACGAGAUGCACGAAUGCGGGAAAUGACUGCAUAAAUGCAGACAGUUUUGUCACAUACGAAUGCAUAACAGCGAAGGGAGUUUGAUUGCGUGUGCGAUGGGGGAACACUUUCGAAGAAGAUAUUGUUUUGCAUAGCGAGUUCGUUCACAAGCAAGGCUGGUUUGAGUUUCGUGCAGGAUACCAAGAGACACAAAGAUCCCGAAUGUAUAUUUUAUUGCAGACAUAUGACUUCGAGCCCAACCGAUGUGCUGUGGCUCAAAACGGGUUGAUAACGUAUCAAAGAGAGCAUCUCGAUUAUCUCCAA